AUGGUCGAGAGGCCACAGCAAGAAAUGCUGCAAAAGUCUCGUCCUCACGAUUCUUUCUUUGGCAUGAAGGGUCCGGAGCCUAGACCGAGCUCGAUAGCCACGGAAAUCGUAGACACGGAUUGGGAUGAAGAUGAUAUCAAUAGCGAGAUUGAAGAUGACGACCCGAACUCUCCCAGAUUGAGUCUGAACUCGUCGGGCCAGCAAAGUGUAACCACACUUUCCUCGUACGAGGAGGUACAGACGCCCAGGUCGAGUAGAGCGCGCACAGCAUUUCCUUUCGAGUUUGACAUCAAGCCGGUGGAGGGACCUAGAGGACCACAUCUCUUUCGCAUGUCCGCGACGUCGACAGAAUCCUUCGAACUUCAGGAUGCCCUAUCUCUUUCGCCAAUCACACCAAGGGCUCCCAAGCCUAUUGAAACGGAAUUCCGCUUUCACCUCGCCCAGGAGCAAAUGCCUCCGCGAUCAAGAAGCACCCCGUUCCAAUUUUCGCAUGAGAAUCUCGAUCAAUACGAUCUGCCAGAAUGGUCACCAGAGAUGGUUGCGCAGUGGAUGCUCAAUGCCGACGUUGAAGCCACAGUUGCGGAGAAGUUUAUCGAAAAUGAUAUCAAUGGAGAAAUUUUGAUCACUCUCAAGUCUGAGGACAUGAAGGAGCUUGGAAUAUCGUCUUUUGGCAUGCGGACGGCGGUAUGGAAUCAUAUAUGCGAGCUCAUCAAGUCGAAGCCAGAGUCACCUCGACCAGAGACACCCAUUGAGGACGAAGAAUGCAAAGAGGUCAGGAGGGAACGAAGGAAGCUUGAGAGAUGUGAAGAUGAUGUGCGGCCACGACGCGGCCACAGCAAGCGACGUCUCAACAAGCCGUCGCACGAAGAUAUCAUCUCACCUCUCGAGUCGGUGUCAAUCGUCGGAAUUGAGCAGGUCAUGCCGAAACCUCACAAGUGCUCCAAGGGCGAAAACUGCAAGACCUUUAGAAGGCAGCAGCGCAUGAUUGAUCAGUUUAUGAAGGAGCAUCCAUUUGCGGACACCAGCGGCGGGCGUAUUCUGGUCGCAGGCGACCCUGGAAAUGCCGCCACUGCACCGGCUCUGAACCGUCAACCCUCGACGGAGGCUCUGCGUCCCAUGUCGGAUGCGGUUCCUUCCGUUGUCGCUUCAUCGGACGUGCUUGGACCUGGCGCAGGCAUCGGACCUUUUCAAUACCUGCAAGAGGCGACCCUGCGCAACGUGCAGCACAGAGAUCCUCAGGACAAUGUCCGGCAGUUUCUCGAAUUCCAACAGGGCGCCUCCAACGCCAGUGAGGUGCCGCCAACGCCUCCCUUUGAGUUGUACCCGCAAACACAGGCUCCUCAUGAGGGUCUGCGAAGUCUGCCUAAGCUGUCCAUCCCCGGCAGACAGUCAAGUCAGACUCCUCAACAGCAACGACCAUCCAACCUGCGCCAGUCGUGGGUGCCUUACGCAAUGGAUAAGGCCGAGGCGCUGUCGCCAGACCUCACUACCCCUGUGGCACCUUACCGGUUCGGCUCUCCCUUCUCUGAGAUGGACGUCCCCGUAACCUCUGUUCCUCUUGGCCCGGUAGCACGUGAUGCCUCUCAGUCAGUUCCCCCGGACAUGAACUACCGAGCAGGUCCCACGGCGGUGCCAGUUCGCUCCAUGUCGCGGGCAUCCCGCCGGCCGUCUUUCCAGGUCAUGGCUCCGCUGCAGGAGUAUGCCGCUGCGUCGCCCACUUAUCACAAUGCUCCCACGUCGCCGGCAUCAAAGCGAUCCUCGCUACAGAGAUCACCACCAAAGGCACCAGCUCAGAGGGGGCAGCAGAAGCCGCUCCAGGCACCGCCACGGGCACAAUAUCCCUGGUCCACCAACCAGCACGCCAAUUUAUUCGGUAGCCUGAAUGGUGCAGUAUCAUCGCAACCACAGGCCAGCCAAGGUGACGAGGGCAUCGCGUACCAAGGACCGGUGCGCAAGCGCAAGACCAAGAUGCUCCGACACGAGUGGCACGACCAUUACGCGACUCUCAAGGGGACUCGGCUGGCGAUCCACCAGGACGCCGGGGCCCGGGACCGCACCCUCGAGUACGUCGACAUUGACGACUACGCCAUUGCGUGCUCGUCGCUGGCUUCGGGCAGCAAGCUCAACGCCGCCUUCAAGGCCAUGAGCAUCUCGCGUUCCUCCAACAAGGACGGCAAGGACGAUCCCGUCGCCGCCUUUAGCUUCCAGCUGAUCCCGCAGGGCCGGGAGGCCUUUGGCACCCGCCUCAAGAAGCGGGAGAGCGGCAUUGCUGGUGCCUCUUCUGGUCCGCUAUCUGCCGGCACCGAGGGCGCUGUCAAUGGUACUGGCAAGACGCACCACUUUGCUGUCAAGAGCCGCGACGAGCGCAUCGACUGGAUGAGAGAGCUCAUGCUCGCCAAGGCGCUGAGACAAAAGGGCGAGGGCUUCGAGGUCAGCGUCAAUGGCAACAUGAUCUAA